AUGGAUGCGGCGUCAAUACUCUCCGACCGUAGCGAGUCUGUCUACAACGUAGAUGGCGCCGCGCCCAACCAUGCUGGCCAGGCCGGCGAUGCUCGCACCCACCACAGAACAAACGCUUACGUAGUCGCCCUCCUCUGCCUGCUGAACUUCAUUUGUACUUUUGACGGCACCGUUCUAUCGACUGCGAUCACGGCAAUCGCUCAGGACAUCCAGGGCUCUACUCUGGAGGCCUUCUGGACCAACACAUCCUUGUCGCUGUCCUCCACCGUGUCGCAACCUUUUUGGAUCCGUCUGGCUGACGAGAUGGACCGGCUUGGGAUGACGCUCUGCGCCCUCGCCCUGUUCACGCUAGGGAGCAGCAUGGCUUUGCUGGCAGACUCGUUCGCCUUGUUGAUCGCAGCGCGCACCGCCCAGGGCUUCGGCAUCGGGGGCCUGACGGCCUUGACCAACAUCAUCGUGCUGGAUCUCGUCACCUCGCGCGAGAGCGGGGCGCUUUUGGGCUGGGUCAACUCCGUCAGGGCGCUCGGCAGCGCAUGCGGACCUGUAGUCGGCGCGGCGCUGUCGCAACACCGGACGUGGCGGUGGGCGUUCUGGGUCAACGUACCGUUCGCUAUGCUCGCCUUUAUGUCCGCACCGUCUCUCUUGCGGAAUACAGAGAGGGUGGGUGUCUUGCGCGCGAGAGACGCCUUGAAGCGCAUAGACUGGCUCGGUGCCCUCUUACUGCUCGCCUCCCUGACGGGAUUUCUCGUUCCUCUUACGUGGGGUGGUAUACUCUUCGAUUGGAUCUCUCCCCACACGCUGCUUCCUAUGAGCCUAUGCGCCGCAGGCCUUGCCGGCUUCGCUCUCUAUUCUAAGCGGGUUCCUCGGCAGCCAAUCAUGCGCGGUGCCCUGUUCUCGUCUGCUCACGGCAUUGUCGCACACUGUGGCGCCUUGGUACAUGGUGUGGCUAUCUUCAGCCUUCUCUAUUACUUACCGCUCUAUUACACCAUUGCGAAAGAGGCCAGCGCUGCCCAGGCUGCCCUCUACGUACUGCCGAACACCGUCAUCGCCGCCUUAGCUUCGGCUGCUUCGGGUAUCUUGGUCUCCAAGACGGGCCGCUACCGCAUCCUACUAUGGGUAGGUUGGGCCACGACCACGCUCGGGUCCGGCAUCUUGACGGUGGUGACCGAUCGGAUGACGGUUGCUGUGAGUGUCGCUCUCUCCCUAGUCUCCGGCGCAGGCAUAGGCGUCCUGUUUACGACCCUGAGCCUUGCCGCGCAGGCCUCUGUCUCGGCCGCCGAUGCAUCCGCGGCCUCGAGCAUGACGAAUUUCUUCCGCUCCCUGGGCCAGACGAUGGGCAUCGCUGUGGGCGGCGUGGUUGUCCAAAACGUGUUCAGGAGCGUAGUGGAAGCAAGCGAAGUGUAUCGGCCGUACGCAGCUGCGUGGGCUCGGAACAUUGCCAGGGUAGCACAGGCUCUGAAGGCAGCGACCGGUGCUGGUAAGGAAGACCUCGAAGAUGUGAUCGUUCCGGCCAUUGUGAAGAGCACUCGUGCGGUAUGGAUCUUUCUCUGUGUGCUCUCGGCGACGCAGCUCGCUUUGAGCAUCAUCUGCAUCAAGGAUCUCUCUCUUGAUGGAUCCGACGCCGUGUCCGAGGACAGAUCUGCGACUCUAAAGACAUCUCGCCUUGUCAUUUCCCAGCCGCAGUUGCAUCGACCCUUCACAGAUCCUGCAGCAGCAAGCUCGUUUGUUCGGUGA